GCCGCGUGCCCGGCCCCGCUCGCCCGUGCCCGCCCGCCAUGCCCGGCUUCGACUACAAGUUCCUGGAGAAGCCCAAGCGGCGCCUGCUCUGCCCGCUGUGCGGGAAGCCCAUGCGCGAGCCCGUGCAAGUCUCCACCUGCGGCCACCGCUUCUGCGACACCUGCCUGCAGGAGUUCCUCAGUGAAGGAGUCUUCAAAUGCCCUGAGGACCAACUUCCUCUGGACUAUGCCAAGAUCUAUCCAGACCCAGAACUGGAGGUUCUGGUGUUGAGCCUGUCCAUUCGCUGCAUCCACAGUGAGGAGGGCUGCCGCUGGAGUGGGGCGCUGCGCCACCUACAGGGCCACCUGAACACGUGCAGCUUCAAUGUCGUCCCCUGCCCCAAUCGCUGCCCUGCCAAGCUGAGCCGCAGGGACCUCCCUGCGCACUUGCAGCACGACUGUCCCAAGCGGCGUCUCAAGUGCGAGUUCUGUGGCUGUGACUUCAGUGGGGAGGCCUUUGAGAGCCACGAGGGCGUAUGCCCCCAAGAGAGUGUGUACUGUGAGAACAAGUGUGGUGCCCGCAUGAUGCGCCGGCUGCUGGCCCAGCAUGCCACCUCCGAGUGCCCCAAGCGCACCCAGCCCUGUACCUACUGCACCAAGGAGUUCGUUUUUGACACCAUCCAGAGCCACCAGUACCAGUGCCCCAGGCUGCCUGUGCCCUGCCCCAACCAGUGUGGUGUGGGCACUGUGGCUCGGGAGGACCUGCCAGGCCAUCUGAAGGACAGCUGUAGCACUGCCCUGGUGCUGUGUCCAUUCAAAGACUCCGGCUGCAAGCACAGGUGCCCUAAGCUGGCAAUGGCACGACAUGUGGAGGAGAGUGUGAAGCCCCACCUGGCCAUGAUGUGUGCUCUGGUGAGCCGGCAGCGGCAGGAGCUGCAGGAGCUGCGGAGAGAGCUGGAAGAACUGUCGGUGGGCAGUGAUGGCGUGCUCAUCUGGAAGAUUGGCAGCUAUGGCCGGCGGCUACAAGAGGCCAAAGCCAAGCCCAACCUUGAGUGCUUCAGCCCAGCCUUCUACACACACAAGUAUGGCUACAAGCUGCAGGUGUCCGCAUUCCUCAAUGGCAACGGCAGUGGUGAGGGCACACACCUGUCUCUCUACAUCCGCGUGCUGCCGGGUGCCUUUGACAAUCUCCUUGAAUGGCCCUUUGCUCGUCGUGUCACUUUCUCCCUGCUGGAUCAGAGCGACCCUGGGUUGGCUAAGCCACAACACGUCACAGAGACCUUUCACCCUGACCCAAACUGGAAGAAUUUCCAAAAACCAGGCACUUGGCGGGGCUCCCUGGAUGAGAGUUCUCUGGGCUUUGGUUACCCCAAGUUCAUCUCCCACCAGGACAUCCGCAAGCGAAACUACGUGCGGGAUGAUGCAGUCUUCAUCCGUGCCUCUGUUGAACUGCCCCGGAAAAUCCUCAGCUGAGGGCAGACACGGCUCCAGGAGAAAGGGUGGGGUGGGACAUGACCUCAGUCAGGCACUGGCUGAACCUGGAGAGGGGGCCGGACCCCCUUUCAGCUGCUUGUGCUGUCUAGGUUCUGUUAACCCUGUUUCUCCUUCCCACUCCACCUCCUGCCACCCUCAGGUGCCUCCUAUCGGUGCUUCAAUCCUGACUCCUGGCGGGGGAGCAGGCCCUGGGGUCAUCAAGGGCUUGGAAACAAGUGACCCCAGGGUCUGUCUCCUCUUCUGAGCAGGGCAGACAUGCCUUGGUGCCGGCCACUCUACCCAGGACUGAGGUGCCUGCUGGUGCUAUGUCCCAAGAGCCAUAGGGGGUGGGGGGAUUUGGGAAAGUGAGGGGUAGAUAAAGAAUCUGUUUGGAGAUCUGAUUUCUCUUCCCCUCUCCCCAGUGUGCCCCCUCUGGUUAUUUAUUUACUUAGUGCCAGGAGGGCACAGCAGGGGAGCCCUGAUUUUUAAUAAAUCCUGAAUUGUAUUUAUUAACUUGGUGCCAGCCUGACUCUUCUGGAUUGGAAAGCAGGGCCCAACUGUGAGGGCAGAGGCCCAGACUUGUCUGCUACCACUUGGAACCCAGGACCAGCUGACUUAAGCUGGAUCAUCCCAGACAGAACCACAUCAGGCUUUGUGUGGAACAGGUGCCCGGUGGUGCCCUCUGGUGGCUAUAUAAGAGUGGUGCAGGGGCUGGGCACCUAACUUCCUGUGUUUGGAAACCGGCCAGAUUAGUGCUUCUGCCCUAGACAGUUCUGGGUUUAAUGAGAAUAGGGAUCACUUACUGAAUACUUCCAUGUGGCAGAUACUGCUAAGCACAUAUGCAUUAUUUCAUUUAAUACAGCACAUUUCACUUGACAAAAGGCCCAUCUUAAAGAUUUAAAGAGACAAUGCAUGUUCCUGGUACAAAAUAAAUACUUGAUGAAUGUU